UCAAUUCGAAUUUCCAGAUUGAUGAGCGACACCGCGUGACCUUCUGCUGGCAGUACAAGGUCGGGUCAACGGCCUGGAACGCCAUGUUCGCCUACCUGCUCAACCAGACCAGCGUCAUCAAGAGGAAACCUUCUACGACAUGCGCAAGAUCAUGACAGUGAAGACCAUGAAAGAGUUCAAGAAGUCCAUGGAUUUCUACAAGUUCCUGAUCGUACGAGAGCCUCUGGAAAGACUCUUAUCGGCGUACAGGGACCGCAUCGAAGACACCUCUCACCGCUCGUGGCAGAGGGAGAACUACGUGCCUAAAAUACUCAAGGUGACGCGGCCCCAUCUGAAGAACGCCGACAUCCGCGUGAACGGGAGCCUCGCCGUCAUCCCGACCUUCAGAGAGUUCGUGGAGUACCUGCUGGUGACGCCCAUUGGGAACUACGACCCCCACUGGCACCCUUACUGGAAGCACUGCGCCCCCUGCGUCGUCUCCUUCCAGGCCAUCGGCAGGGCAGAGACACAGGCGCAGGACAUCCGGUUCAUCCUGGAGGAUUCGGGGCUGGCCAAGGAGAUUGAUAAUACGGUCCUGGAGGAGAACGCCCACCACGGCCGAGGCAGCACCCACGACCUCCUGGUGUCCUACUACUCGACUCUCGACAUCUCCACCCUCGAGAAGCUGUACCGACGCUACGAGGUCGACUACUUCAUCUUCGGCUACGACAUCCAGGUCCUCCUCGACGAGCUCCAUCCUCACAGGAACAUCUCCUUCAAGUCGAGGUUCUGAGGCGCUCGAAGUCAGACUCCCUUGGUCCGAAGUGUGUCCUCGAGGUCCUGCUUUGAACAGACCGGCGGGCGGGGCAGCGGCGUCCUUGCGAGCAGAACUGAACGGGAAAUCUUCAUGACGAAGGACGGAUGCAAGGAUGUCCCCGUGGCAGCUGCGUGCCUGGCCCUGUUAUGUAAGACUUUAAAGUAAAGUGUGUGAGAGUUAGAGCUGGGGAGGAGAAAAGAGGGGGAGGAGG